AUGGGUUGUGUGGAGGUCCUGCAGUCAAUGCGAGCCCUUGACUUCAAUACCCGGACGCAGGUCACCAGGGAGGCCAUCAGUUUGGUGUGUGAAGCCGUGCCUGGUGCCAGAGGAGCAACAAGGAGGAGAAAGCCCUCUAGCCGCCCACUCAGCUCCAUCCUGGGGAGGAGUAACCUGAAGUUUGCUAGAAUGCCAGUCACCCUCACUGUGUCCACCAGCAGCCUUAACCUCAUGGCAGCCGACUACAAACAGAUCAUUGCCAACCAUCAUAUGCAAUCUAUCUCAUUCGCGUUUGGUGGGGAUCCGGACACAGCCGAGCAUGUUGCCUACGUUGCCAAAGACACUGUAAAUCAGAGAGCCUGCCAUAUCCUGGAGCGCUCUGAAGGGCUUGCUCAGGAUGUCAUCAGCACCAUCGGUCAGGCCUUUGAGUUGCGCUUCAAACAGUAUCUCAGGAAUCCACCCAAACUGGUCACCCCCCAUGACAGGAUGGCUGGCUUUGAUGGCUCAGCUUGGGAUGAGGAGGAAGAGCCACCUGACCAUCAGUACUAUAAUGACUUCCCAGGGAAGGAACCCCCUCUCGGCGGGGUGGUAGACAUGAGGCUUCUAGAAGGGGCUGCUCGACCCACUCUGCCCACUGCCCAGAUGCCCAGCCACUUGGGAGCUACACUGCCUGUAGUGCAGCAUGCUGAAGGAGACGCUGAUGUCCAUAAGCAGAUGCUGCCUCCACCACCUUGCCCAGGCAGAGAGCUCUUUGAUGACCCUUCCUAUGUCAACAUCCAGAAUCUAGACAAGGCCCGCCAAGCUGGGGGUGGGUCUGGGCCUCCCAAUCCUUCUGUUAAUGGCAGUGCACCUCGAGACCUCUUUGACAUGAAGCCCUUUGAAGAUGCCCUCCGGGCGCCUCUACCUCCCCAGUCCAUGUCCAUGGCUGAGCAGCUCCAAGGGGAGUCCUGGUUCCAUGGGAAGCUGAGCCGGCAUGAGGCUGAAGCCCUGCUCCACCUCAACGGUGACUUCUUGGUGCGAGAGAGCACAACCACACCUGGCCAGUACGUGCUCACUGGCCUGCAGAGUGGGCAGCCCAAGCACCUCCUUCUAGUGGACCCUGAAGGUGUGGUUUGGACAAAAGAUCACCGCUUUGAGAGCGUCAGUCACCUCAUCAACUACCACAUGGACAAUCACUUGCCCAUCAUCUCCGCGGGCAGCGAACUGUGCCUACAGCAACCAGUGGACCAGAAAGUGUGAUCUUCAGU